GGAGAAGGGAGGCAAGAAAGUAGCAGAAAGUGAGGCUGGCAGCCAGCGGCAAAGGAGCCGGGCGAGCGGCGGCGGCGGCAGGAAGUCUGUGCCCGAGACGCGCAGAAAUAAGAGCCAGGGAGGGACCGCGGCGGCGGCGAGAGUGAAAGAGGAAACUGCAGAAGAGGAAGCUCUGCCGCAGCACAAAGUCUCCUCCGGCUCCCGCGCCGAGCAUCCCCACGCCGCCAGCCCAGCCCUCCCGGACCGGCUCGCCGCCGCCCGCGCCCGCGUUGAGCCCGCGCCGCCGCCCCCCGCGCCCGGGCGCCCCCUCCUCGCGCGCACACCCCGGCCCCCAGCGCCCCCGGCCGCUCCGCCUCACCGCCCUCGGCGCACGCCGCCCUCAUCUGCCAUGGCUCGGGAGAACGGCGAGAGCAGCUCCUCCUGGAAAAAGCAAGCUGAAGACAUCAAGAAAAUCUUCGAGUUCAAGGAGACCCUGGGAACCGGGGCGUUUUCUGAAGUGGUCUUAGCGGAAGAGAAGGCAACUGGAAAACUGUUUGCGGUGAAGUGUAUCCCCAAGAAGGCGCUGAAGGGCAAAGAAAGCAGCAUAGAGAAUGAGAUAGCCGUCCUGAGAAAGAUUAAGCAUGAAAACAUUGUGGCCCUGGAAGAUAUUUACGAAAGCCCGAAUCACUUGUACUUGGUCAUGCAGCUCGUAUCUGGUGGAGAGCUGUUUGACCGGAUAGUGGAGAAGGGAUUUUACACAGAGAAAGAUGCCAGCACUCUGAUCCGCCAGGUCUUGGAUGCCGUCUACUAUCUCCACAGAAUGGGCAUCGUCCACAGGGACCUCAAGCCCGAAAACCUGUUGUACUACAGUCAAGAUGAGGAGUCCAAAAUAAUGAUCAGUGACUUUGGACUGUCCAAAAUGGAAGGCAAAGGAGACGUGAUGUCCACAGCCUGUGGGACCCCAGGCUACGUCGCUCCCGAGGUCCUCGCCCAGAAACCCUACAGCAAAGCUGUCGACUGCUGGUCCAUUGGGGUGAUUGCCUAUAUCUUGCUCUGCGGCUACCCUCCUUUCUACGACGAAAAUGACUCCAAGCUCUUUGAGCAGAUCCUCAAGGCGGAGUAUGAGUUCGACUCUCCCUACUGGGAUGACAUCUCUGACUCUGCAAAAGACUUCAUUCGGAACCUGAUGGAGAAAGACCCAAAUAAAAGAUACACAUGUGAGCAGGCAGCUCGGCACCCAUGGAUCGCAGGUGACACAGCCCUUAGCAAAAACAUCCACGAGUCCGUCAGUGCCCAGAUCCGGAAGAACUUCGCCAAAAGCAAGUGGAGACAAGCGUUUAAUGCCACGGCCGUCGUGAGACACAUGCGGAAACUCCAUCUUGGCAGCAGCCUGGACAGUUCAAAUGCAAGUGUAUCGGGCAGCCUCAGUUUGGCCAGCCAAAAAGAUUGUGCGUCGGGCACCCUCCACGCUCUGUAGUUUCAUGUCCUCCUCGUCGGGGGUCUCAGGAGCGGGAGCGGAUCGAAGACCCAGGCCCACCACUGUGACGACGGUGCACUCUGGAAGCAAGUGACUGGCCCCCGGAGGUGGGGCCCAAGGGGCGGGGCCAGGGAAGGAGGCGCCCCCGGGGGCCCCCAGCGCCACCAGCCCCUCCAGAGCGAUCCCACCUUGCAUGGUGUGCCUCCCUGCACAGGACUGGAAGACGGCGGGUUUUUUUAUGGCCAUAUUUUAUACUGCAAUUCUGAAGUGUUCAUUUCUCACAAACUGUACUGACUCAAGGGAGCUGAUUUAAUAGGAUCUGGUGCUGUACAAAGGAAUCUUGCAAAGCUCUAGCGGGACGGACCUUCGGAGUCCUAUGCCCAAGCCCUGUCAUUUCCGCUCUUCUCAGUAGAGGGAACCGUCUAUGUUGUAUUUUUUCAUUCAUGACAAAAAAAAAAAAAGGUUUCAACUGGAUUAUUUAAGUAUCGGUAAAUAUUGUGCAUUAGGAUUUUUUUUCUCUUUUUAGAAAUAACGUCCUCUCGAGCUAGACUUCAUAGUUCCGUGACCUAUCUCUUUGGCUUGGCGCUAGUGGAAUUUUAUGUUCAACUUGAAGGGAUUUUUUUUUUUUUCCUCCAGAGGAAAUGUAAGACUAUUUUUUAAAAUAUUCAAAGAAGAGGAGCGUUGGAGAAUCCGUCUCUGAGGGGAAGACUUGACUUCAAUUCCUUCUCUUUCUCUGCCCUUCUUCCUUGGAAGGGCCGCUCUUGGAGAAGACAGCCUUUUGUAGACGUGUCUUCUCCCCGGGGUGGGGGGCAAGGGGCUGGGGGAGGACGCCUGCAGAAAACCUCUCCUGGCAGCUCCUCCAGCAAACCCCUCACCAACUGGAGACCCUCUGGGCCUCUUGCCAUCAGCCCAUCAGCAGUCAGAAGUUAAGCCUGCUCCCCCAAGAUGAAAGGCUAGACUUGCUGGGAAGGAAAUGCCCCCCCCCAUACACACAGCCCCCCAGCAGAGAUUUAAGAGCCUCCCUGACAGAAGGAGCAAGACGCCAUUUGGUUUGGAGUGAAUUUCCCACACAGCUCUCAUUUGUCACGAGGGGGGUGACGCGUGAAAGCCCUGCUCUCAGCUCUGCGGUUUGCAAAUGGACCUCUCUGUUUUUAACAAAUGCAUUUCUAAUCUUAACCCUGAAACUGGCCUCUAGCUCACAUAAGUUGUUUCUGCACACAUUUAGCCCGUUCUUAGAGGAGAGUGAUCCGGGGAGGAAAGGGACAUGGCCUCGGAGAAGCCUCCAGUUAUCCGGGGUGCUGAGGAGAGGUGACUUGCCCAGCAGGCAGGACACUGGCCACUGCAGGGAUGGCCAGAGACCACCCCAAGUCAGGCCCAGCUGGGGCUGAAAGCCAUCCCUCUGACCGAGGGGAUCCAGAAACCAAAGACCUCUGAUGGUGGGGUCAGCAGAGGUCCCACUCUGCCUGGACUGAGAGCUCUCCUGGAAUGUAGGCCUUUGAAACAGGCAAUGGCCCAGGCACACCAGCCGCAUUGUUCACCCACCUGGUGGUUUGGUGUGAGGGAUAGAGCAAGCAUUAGAGCGAGCAUUGCAUGAAACCCAGGGAAAGCCUCUUUUCCAGGAGCUUCAAGGAUGCUCUCGUGUAGAGGCAAGCAGAUGGCCCCAAAGGCGCACUUGCAAAAGCCCUCCCUUGGCCCUUUUGCCCAUGCUGUGCCCUGAGUCUGCAUCUGCACAGUCGGCCUCAGGCCUGCGCUGUGUCUCUGUAUGUCUACCUGAUGGCCCAGCAACUUUCCUGGCUGUUGUCCUCACACCUUUCUCCCACUGUUGACCAGACUUGGUGGAUUCUGUCAGUCCGGCCGUCUUUGUCACUCCCACAGCUUUGCCUCGGUCCAGGCCAAAUGUCCAGUGAAGGCCCCCUCAACACACACACAUACACACACUCACAAUCACACACACAGGGUUAUUAGGCUCAGCAGCUCCCUUCUGCCUCUCUUUAGGACAGCAGUGCAGGUGUGCAUAAGAGCAGCUAGGAAGACAGGCAUCUGGUCGACCCCGUGUCCACAUGCCUCAGGGGCCCUCAGCCUCUUUUGACAGUUGACAGGAAGCCCAUUUAGCAUCUGCCACUCUUGCAUCCAGAGUGAAAAUCAAGCUAUUACUCUUCAAAAUCUGUAAAAAUCCUUGAAAAGUAGACCCAGUCAAGAAGCAAGCGUUGCCGGAGUUGGAUAUGCAUCAAUCACCCGUCUUCAGGAGGACAGGGGCAGAAAAAUUACAGAGAGUAUCAGGAAACGAACAUGUCUCUCCAAGGGACUUAUUAGAAUGUUGCUUAUUUACUAACAAGUGUAUUGGAAGAUUGGAGUUUCUUCAGUGUGAGGAAACAAGCCAUUAGAUGUUAUGGGGGAGGAGGGGUAAUUCGCCCGAAUUUGAUGCUUAGGAUGUGUGCCUGAAUAGUUAUCAGCUCCUUGCACUGUGUGCUAUCGCUGUGCACGGUCCUUUGCCCUUGGAAAGCAAUGGCUAAAGCCACAUUUGUGGGUGAUUCGAUUAUUUUCUGGAGCUGAUGUGUGGGGUGCAUGUUCUCGCAAUUAAAUUUUGAAAGUACGUCUCCCCUGGAAAGUGCAGAAGACAGGGCUGGUUGCAGGUGCCUCUGUGCGGUUUGGAUCAGCUCUUGGCCAUGCUUGGCCUGUAACAUGUCAGGUCUCAAGAACAUGGUAUGAGGACAUUGUGACUGAUUUCAGUCCAAACAUACACUGUUGAACUUGACAUCAGGUGAAUGUCUGGAUGCCACUAGCCUUAGGUGCUUUGCCGUUGUUUUAGGAAGAGGAGUGAACAGUUCCCACGUGGAAGAACUUUCGCUCUGUUGAGAAAGCCUUGGUGACAAAAGAACGGAGGUUCCCUUUCAACUGUAUUUGGUAUCUUUUACGCGUUGAUCACAACAUGGGAAGAGAACUCAGAAUGUGCUUUUUGGUAGCGCCUGCCAAGUGGAGUGGCAGAGUCCUAGGACCCUCACUGAUGUCACAUUUCACCAACAGAAGCUGAACAUUUCACACGGGCACCCAGCUUACGUGCGCCCUCCAGUCCAUUGUGUGAGGCUGAAGCUGAGGGCGGACCAUGGGCUUCAUCCCUUCCUUCUUUCCCUCUCCUUUUGGUCUCGUCACCUUCUCAGAGCAAGCAGGUAGUUUUUCCUGUUUGAAACAGUGUCCUCCGAUCAUCUGUCCCUCACUGGCGUGUCUGUCCCUCCCUCGAGUCCCUGAUCUCCAUCCCGUCAGGCAGACCAUCAGAGAGGCUAGCACCUGCCGGAGACAGUGAGUGUGUGCCCACACGUGGCCCCACCAGACCAGCAGCUUACACCCUUAACCAGGGGACCCUGGAGGCUGGCCUCCCGCAGCGAGCACAUGGGGGUCUGCCGUGUUGGGCCGGGUGAAGGCAGCUAGAGCUGAGAGGGGCGGGGCGUGCCCACGUGACAUGCACACAACCCCUGAAGACCUUUGAGCGGAUGCCCAGACAGAUGGACAGCAACUCCAGGGCGGCACGUGGCUAUUACAGGAGGCACUUUCCACCACCUCCUACUGCCCCUGAAUCCAUAGGAGGAUAGAAAAGCUAAUGACACCUUAGUGUUUCCUUUUUAAAGGAAAGAACUAUGCAGAAAACAGUCCCCCCCCCAAAAAAAAAAACCCUAAAAAAUCAAGCAUGGCUUAGUAUUCUUGAUCGUGGCAGUGAUUCCAGUGGUAUCUAAAACUUCUCUUCAGGAGCAGGGAGAAGCCUCCCCUUGGCACGGGGGCUUAUGACGUUUGAGAAGAUCCCACUCUGCAGCUAGCUCUUAGCAUAGCAUCCAGGGAACUGGGCAGUCAGGCUCAAGGCUCAACAGGCAAGACUCUGGCAUUUAGGAAGCGUGAACUAAUGACAGGCAUUUGGUGUAUGACCCUCAGACUCAGUUUACCUGCCCAGCACUAAACUCAUCCUGCCCUUUCUCCUCCUUGGGGGUCCAGCAUAUCCUGGGUGGAUUGUGGGUGCGAGGGUGGGACUCCUCCCUUUCGAACAAAGGCCGAAAACACCAAGGACAAAGGAAGGGAACCCAAGUGACCCCUCCUAAAAUGGAGGGGUGACCCCUCUCUCUGGAGGAGUGACAGCUGAAUCUGAUAAGCAACAUGGGGUUUGACAAUUUUAAACAAAAGACCAUAUCCCAGUGGAGAUAACUCAGCAUUUUAAUUAAGGCUUUGGAGCCUGGGGGCCGGUGUCGAUUCUUCACCCUGGAGAAACUGCCCUGGAAGCAUUGCUCUGGGGCUGGAGGCAGGAGAAAGAGGUCAUGGCCACUGUACUUCUCCCGUAAGACUCUCAACUUCACAGGAUACCCACAAGCUCAUGCUGGGUUUCCUCUGGAGGUGAGAAGGCACAGCAAGGUCCAGCAAGGGCAGCUCCUCCCAUAUCCAUAAACAGAAAUGAGAUGUACUCUUUCCCUGGGUGGCACAGUCCUUCUGGCAAAAGAAAUGAAGUCCUCCAAGUCUUCUGAUGCACGAAACCUUUGCAUGUUCUUCUGAAACAGCACUGCUUCCCUGUUCUGUCCACUCACACUCUGCAAAGUUGGCCUUUUCCUUAAACACAUUCCAGACCAAACACUGUUCAGUUUGUUUUUUUAAAAAAUUGUAUAUACCUGUAUGUAACCUACCACUCUCUUAAGGGGCACCUGGUCCUAGGGUGGGGCUGCAAGUGUACCUGGCACUGACCAAAAAGUGUUCCAGUUCUUUGGUUUUCAGGGUUGAAGAUGUUGAGAUAGGAAAGGCGAAUUGGGCAGAUUUCUAAAAGGAGGGCUUGUUUCCUGGAGAUGCCAAGAAAACUAGUCAGCAGGUGAGACAGCUUGGAAACCUCUACGUCGGCCAGCAGGCAGGGAGGAGAAGAGGAAGACAGAGCCCUAAGCCCUCUUCAGCCCCAACCUUCAUUGUGGUCCCAGUGCAUCGCCAUCUGAAGCCCAGGUGUGGGCACAGGAGCCCAGCCCCACUGUGAAGUCGGCCCUGCAUGCUGGCCACAGCCUGGCCUGCCUCCUGCUCUGCACCAACGGGAAGGAAUGUCAGCCCUUCCCACCUUCCCUGCCACCUGAGCAGGAGCCACUGGGCUUGUGGCUUCGGGGGCCUCCGCUUCUGCAAACCCAAAGGCUGUGCAUUUGGCAGCCAACCGUGCAGCAUGUGGCUGCCAGGUCUGGUUUCGUGGACAAAAUGUGGAAUGGCUUCUCAGCGUCUGUAUCUCUCUACACCAAAGGGAUUAACUAGCGCAUUUCCCCCUUUGUACUAAUGCCGCUUCUGCAUUCGCCAUAUCCAUUUUUAACCUUUUGGUCUCCAGGGAACUUCUCAUAUGAUGAUUAUGUCUUCUGAUGAUUUACCAACUCAUUUUACUUUGAGGUGAUUUUAUUUUCUUAUGGACAGGAAAAAAAGAAAAUGAAAGGAGUCUUUGAGGCUUUAAUCAUAGAGAUAAGACAUCACCAGGGACUCAAAAGCCCCAAACACCUGAUAAAUUAAGGAAAACCUUAAUCUGGACAGACUGAGGUCCCCGGGGACCCUAGAGGUAGCCUUGCACUUAGGGGAGCAGAAGCACUGGGGCAGGGCUGACAGCCUGGCUUUUGACAUGUUACAAAAGCAAAAACAUUUUGACUGGAACAAAAAGGCUGCUUGCUGCAACACUGCAGCAGCGCCUUUGUUUUGAAAGACAGGCAGCAUGUUUCAAAGGACAUUUAUCUUAGCCCCAUGUUCAGAUUGGAAGAUAAAAGGUAUAUUCUGUCCAGAAUAAAAUUUGGAAUAAUUUCUAAAUUGGCUCUGGUCACCAUACAUAAUGGCAUAGCCCUUCUUGCAGCUCUCCUAACAGUGAGCACAUUUUCCAAAAGCUUACAUCGUUGAACCCAGGAAUGUCCCUGUGUCUCUUAUUACCAGGCUUGCAAUUGGUUCACUUUUUCCGUAAAAACAUGCUUGUCCAAAAGAAGGGAAACUACAUUUAUUCCAUGCAUGUAAUAAACUCUGCAAGAAGUUUACCCCACAUAGGUUUGCGGCACUGCAAAAUUGUUAACGGGCCUGUGUAGCAAAUGAUUCUCUGCCUUGACAAUCAUGUACACAUAUCAAGAUUUCUAUCAUAAUGAUAAUGAGAUUGAUGACUUCUUGUUUUCCUCCAAUAAAGACAAUUAAUCACCUUCA